AUUCCCUACUUCAGAUGUUUUUUUUCCUUACAGUCACACAGUUCUUCUCCUUGCUUCAGACCUUCAGACAGCACACAUCUCCAGUCAUGAACCUGUACCUUGUCCUGCUUCUUUCUGUCCUCUCAGCUCUACACUGGACUCAUGGUCAAGACCCGGUGGAGGAGGAAGCAAUAGUCGUACAACAUGUGCAGCCUUUGGGAGGCUGGUCUUCAGUCAGUCCUAAUCAGAAAGAUGUCCAAGAUGCUGCCAGAAAGGGUUUGGAGAACUUUAACAAGAAAUCCAAGGCAAAGAAAUACUUUAAGAUGGUAGAUGUAACAUCUGCCAAAAUUCAGGUCAGUAAUAUGAUAAAUUACAGGAUCAAAACAAUCAUAGGAAAGACCAAGUGCCUAAAAACUGAGAAUGGAGAUCUGGACUCCUGUGAAAUGCUUCAAAAGCGACUCAAGUGCAAGUUCGAUGUUCAGUUCGACCCCAGGAAAGACCAAGACCAAUACAAAGUGAAUUCGAUGUCUUGCAACAAAUAAUCUCAAUGCAAAUUACUUUUAAAAUGGCAUGAAGGAAAAAGAACAGUGUUUAAAGAUAUACAGACAAGUGAUUAAUUGAAGGUGAAAAAAGAAAAUAACGAUCUUCCAGAUUUUGGAAAUGAUUCUACAAGUCUGUGGAACAGCACCAAAGCGAUAAAAGCUAGUUCCUCAAUUGGUGUUUUGAUGUUGAUGAUGAUGAUGAUGAUGAUGGUGGUGGUGGUGCUGGUGAAUGGGAAUGCUUCUUUGAUUGAUUUGUCAGAAAAUGCUGUAUUCUUUUGCUUUUCCUCUUCCAUAUAAAUGGACAAAUGGAGCCAAAUUAUGUCAGUUAAAUAGAUCAUCAUAUACAUCACACGUCUAGACGUCUUUUCUUUUUUUGUCACUCGUCUGUGUAUUAUUAAUAUGUUAUAGCAGAAAAACUCUCUUCAGAAGGGCUUAUAUUUUUUUUAUUCUAGCAAUUGAGAAAAUACUAUUGCUUUUAUCAUAUUAUAUCAUCAGAAAAUUUAAAUAAAAAUAUAUUACAGAAAUCAUCAAA